AUAGUUAUAAUUCCCUCCCUUCUCGUCCGUCGCUCCCUUCCUUCGCUUCCAAGUUUCCCGAAGCCAAUCCAGGCGAGAGUCGUCCUCCUCGCUGCUGGCGCUCCGGCAGAUACUAGGUCUCCGACUAAAAAGGCUAGGAAUGCUCGGGAUUGACAAAUCUUGAUAUUUUUCGGAAUCUUGACGACGGCGCCUCCUGUUUGAGGGAAAUCCGGCCACGUUCCGGCUCCGAGGGCUGGUAAAUUAUUAUUCAAUAAAGAUGAUGAUGGAGAGUGGUGAAAUUGAGAGUGCAGAUGAUGAAAUGCCUUCACUCGGUCGACGGCAGUAUAGACCUGUCGUUUCUCAUGAAGGAUCUGCUGUCCAGAUACAGUCCAUGGAGUCGAGAUCUCUCCCAGAGAUACCUUUGAAGCCAAUUAGGACAGCAUCACAUACAGAGAAUGUUCCAAAUACAUUGGAGGGGCCCUCCCAUGGUCCUGAUGUGCCUAACAACUUCCCAAGGGAAUCAAAGUUGGAACUAUUUGGUUUUGAUUCUCUUGUUAAUAUAUUGGGACUCAAAAGUAUGACAGGGGAACAUGUUCCAACACCCACCAGCCCGAGAGAUGGUGAUGAAGUAUCUGUUGUUCUUGGGAGCCCAAAGGUUGUUGGCCCUAAGUCAGGGACUUUGAUGGGUGUUUUUGUUCCUUGCUUGCAGAAUAUAUUGGGAAUCAUAUACUAUAUCCGUUUUUCCUGGAUUGUGGGAAUGGCUGGCAUUGGUGAGGGUCUUUUAUUGGUUGCGUUUUGUGGAUGUUGCACUUUCUUAACAUCAAUAUCACUGAGUGCAAUUGCGACAAAUGGGGCAAUGAAAGGUGGAGGACCAUAUUAUCUCAUUGGUAGGGCAUUGGGACCAGAAGUUGGAGUUAGCAUUGGAUUAUGCUUCUUUCUUGGCACUGCAGUUGCUGGUGCUAUGUAUGUCUUGGGAGCUGUGGAAACCUUUUUGGAUGCUGUGCCUGGUGCUGGAUUCUUUAGAGAAACUGUUACACUCGUCGGCAACAGCACUGCUGCUAAUGGCACAACAACAGAAGUAAUAACAAUGGUAUCGACUCCUAGCUUGCAUGACCUGCAAGUCUAUGGAGUUAUUGUGACUAUCCUUCUGUGCUUUAUUGUAUUUGGCGGAGUAAAGAUGAUAAACAGGGUAGCUCCGGCUUUCUUAAUUCCUGUCCUUUUUUCACUUUUCUGCAUAUACAUUGGAAUUUUUUCAGCUUCAAGGAGCAAUGAUUCAAGUGGCAUAACGGGAUUGAGAUCACAAACAUUCAAAGACAAUUGGAGUUCUGAUUAUCAGUUUACUACAAAUGCUGGAAUUCCUGAUCCAGAAGGACCUAUAUACUGGAAUUUUAAUGCGUUGGUGGGUCUAUUCUUUCCAGCUGUAACAGGAAUUAUGGCUGGUUCAAACCGAUCUGCAUCUUUGAAGGAUACACAGCGCUCCAUACCAGUUGGAACACUUGCUGCAACACUUGUUACCUCCUUCUUGUAUUUGAUAUCUGUUAUAUUAUUUGGAUCCUUGGCCACCAGAGAAGAGUUGCUGACAAACCGGCUUCUUACUGCUGAAGUUGCUUGGCCUUCUCCAUCAAUUAUAUAUGUUGGGAUUGUGCUCUCCACUUUAGGUGCUGCACUUCAGAGUUUGACAGGUGCACCACGCUUGCUUGCAGCAAUAGCGAAUGAUGACAUCCUCCCUGUUCUUAAAUAUUUCAAGGUCACAGAAGGAGGAGAACCUCAUUUGGCAACUCUCUUUACUGCCUUCAUUUGUAUCAGCUGUGUCUUAAUUGGAAACCUAGAUCUGAUCACACCUACUAUAACUAUGUUCUUCCUUCUGUGUUAUGCUGGAGUCAACUUAUCCUGCUUCCUUCUUGACCUACUCGAUGCUCCUAGCUGGCGACCUAGAUGGAGGUUUCACCACUGGAGCCUCUCACUUGUUGGAGCAUUGCUCUGCAUUGUGAUCAUGUUGCUCAUCUCCUGGUCAUUCACUGUGGUAUCUUUGGCCCUUGCUAGUCUCAUAUAUUAUUAUGUAAGCAUACAAGGGAAGGCUGGUGACUGGGGAGAUGGGUUCAAGAGUGCCUAUUUUCAACUGGCCUUGCGAAGCCUUCGAUCACUGGGAGCAAACCAGGUACAUCCAAAGAACUGGUACCCUAUCCCCCUCAUCUUCUGUCGCCCAUGGGGAAAGCUACCAGAAAAUGUCCCUUGUCACCCAAAGCUAGCAGAUUUUGCUAACUGCAUGAAGAAAAAAGGUCGUGGUAUGUCAAUUUUUGUCUCAAUUCUUGAUGGCGACUAUCAUGAAUUGGCCGAGGAUGCUAAGACAGCCUGCCACCAGCUGAGCACCUACAUAGACUACAAACGUUGUGAAGCAGUGGCUGAGAUUAUCGUUGCACCUUCAAUGGCCGAUGGCUUCCGUGGAAUUGUCCAGAUAAUGGGUCUAGGCAACCUUAAGCCCAAUAUUGUAGUUAUGCGAUAUCCUGAGAUUUGGCGUCGGGAGAACCUCACUGAGAUUCCAUCUACUUUUGUCAGCAUUAUUAAUGAUUGCAUUAUCGCCAACAAGGCAGUCGUGAUAGUCAAAGGCCUUGAUGAGUGGCCUGGUGAGUAUCAAAAACAAUUUGGCACAAUUGACCUUUAUUGGAUCGUGAGAGAUGGUGGACUCAUGCUUCUUCUAUCCCAGCUCCUACUAACAAAAGAGAGUUUCGAAGGCUGCAAGAUCCAGGUCUUCUGCAUUGCUGAAGAGGACACAGAUGCUGAAGUCCUCAAGACUGAUGUUAAGAAGUUCCUUUACGAUCUCCGUAUGCAAGCUGAGGUAAUUGUCAUAACAAUGAAGUCAUGGGAAUCAAAUGUCGACAAUGUGGGCCAACAAGAUGAAUCCACAGAGGCAUUUGCUGGUGCACAACAUCGAAUUGCUGAGUAUCUUGCUGAGAUGAAGGAGACUGCCAAAAGAGAAGGGAAAUCCUUGAUGGCGGAUGGGAAGCCAGUAGUUGUAAAUGAGCAACAAGUUGACAAGUUCCUUUACACAACCCUAAAGCUAAAUUCAACCAUCCUCAGAUACUCGCGGAUGGCUGCCGUUGUGCUGGUUAGCCUUCCUCCACCUCCCUCGAACCAUCCUGCAUACUUUUACAUGGAGUAUAUGGAUAUUCUAGUGGAGAAUGUUCCAAGGCUGUUGAUAGUUAGGGGAUAUAGGAGAGAUGUGGUUACCUUGUUCACGUAAUUGUACUCAUCAUUUGUUGCUGAUAGGAUCUUACAGUAAUCAAUCCUUUUUGCCCCAUUCUUAGUUGCUUUUCAGAAUUCCAUAGUAAUUCAAUUACUUUUUCAACAAUUUGGAUGUUGGAAUUACAAUAUUCAUUAUUUUCA